GCUUCAGAGGUCGAAGUUGAAAAUUGACGUAGUAGGGCUCGUGCUUGGACGGUUCGCGGGAAACGUCCCAAAACAAAUCCGUCCACUUGGGCACGCGACCAAUUGAAGAGCAGAUUAUCGAUUAAUCUACCGGCGAAACGAAUCGAUCUGAUCAAAACUACAUCUUCUUCAAACUCGGAACUUUAAACUCAAAGUCACCGCGGGAUUUCAAACAGAAAACGUCCCGAGCUCAGGCUAACACAGGAGCUAAUCGGUUAGCAUCGUCGGCUAGCUCGUCCCCGACUGUGGAGGUAACCCUUACCCGCUGAGGACGCUCCAGUAAGCGGGGAAACAUGGCAGAGAGGCCCGAAGACCUGAACCUCCCCAACGCGGUGAUCACCCGGAUCAUCAAGGAGGCGCUCCCAGAUGGGGUGAACGUGUCCAAAGAAGCGCGCAGAGCCAUCUCACAAGCUGCCAGUGUGUUUGUGCUGUACGCCACAUCCUGUGCAAACAACUUUGCCAUGAAAGCGAAGAGGAAAACUCUGAACGCAGGAGACGUCCUGGCUGCGAUGGAGGAGAUGGAGUUUGAACGUUUCCUGGAGCCGCUCAGGGAAGCUCUGGAGGUUUACAAGAAGGGCCAGAAGGGAAAAAAGGAAGUGUCGGAGCAGAAACGAAAAGAUAAAGAGAAGAAGAACGACUCGGAGAACGACAAGAGUCGGGAGGAGGAAGAGGAGGAGGAGGAGGAACGCAUGGAGGAGGAGCCUGAAGCGGAGAACGAGGCGGAGGAGGAGGACGAGGAGGAAGUGGAGAACUGAUGAUCGAUCAACUGAUGAGGUCAUCGCCGGCUGGGCGUGAUGUAUUCAGGUUCUGCUGGGUCAUCAUAGAGCUGCAGUGGAUCAGUAUGUGGAUGAUGAGCUCAUCGGAGGAGAGGGGACUCUGAUGGCGGCGCUGCAGCUGCGGUCUUCCAACAAACAAAAGCACAAAGUCAAACGACGUCAGCUCUUCCUCUUCUUCGUUUCUUUAUGUCGUCUUUUUUAUAUUACUGCUUCACCUUCACACAGACAGUAAAACAAACUCACCGACUGAUUUUAGGUAAAUAAUCUGAUUCUUCAGUUCUCCGCUAGAGGGCGUCAGAACACAAAACGUGUUAGCAGGUUAGAGUCCCAACACAGCAUCUCUUCUUGUUUCUAUCACACGGAGCUGCAGACGACCUCCUGCAGAGCGACACUGUGCAGGAGUCUGCAGCUUCCAGUGAUUCAAAGAAGAAGAAAGGACUCCGAUAGUCGCUGCCUGGGACUUGUGAUGAUGUUGAACCGCAGUACAUCCCUCCCCUGCAGGUCUUUCCUUCACAGUCUCAGCUUGAAUUUGGAUCCAGUUUGAGUUCUAACGCCCCGACAGAAUCUGGAGCGGUUUAGUGAGUUUAUAAUAAUAUGUGGCGGCUCGUUGUGGAACCAUUUAUACUUUUGUAGAAACGUUUUUGAUGUUUGAGAUUUUCAAUAAAUAUUUUGUAUAAAAAGGUU